CCAAUGGGCACGCGCAGCGCCUUCGCGGCGCCUCCCGAUUGGCGCGCACUCUGAUGGGCGGGAGGAGGGUCACCCCGCCCCCCUGCUGCGCUAAAAAGGCCUCAGCUGAACGGAGGCCGCGCACCCGCUCACCUCGGCCAUGAGCGGCACGGACCCUGCGGAGACCCCUGAGGAGCGAAGUUUCCUCAGCACGGCGGAGGCGGCCGCCCUGGAGCGGGAGCUGCUGGAGGAUUACCGCUUCGGGCGGCAGCAGCUGGUGGAGCUCUGCGGUCACGCUAGCGCCGUGGCUGUGACCAAGGUGUUUCCUUUGCCUACCCUCUCCCGGAAGCAGAGGACCGUGCUAGUCGUGUGUGGCCCAGAGCACAAUGGGGCGGUGGGGCUGGUCUGUGCCCGGCACCUGCGGGUGUUUGAGUACGAACCCACCAUCUUCUACCCCACUCGCUCGCUGGACCUGCUGCACCGCGAUCUGACCACGCAGUGCGAGAAGAUGGACAUCCCCUUCCUGUCCUACCUGCCCGCCGAGGUCCGCUGUGGG